GGGUUUGGGUCAUUUGGUAAGCCGUCUAUAGUAUUUUUGCUACCAAAUUAUGGAUUAAGAACGAAGAACCACUGCGCCUGUUUCAUUCUGACGAGUAUCUCUCUAUCUUUCCGCCGUAACAGGCACUAACGACUUAUAUUCUGUGGCUGGUCUGCAAGAAAAAUAUGGGUCCGCAGCGCAGGACCACGUACAACAACGCGGCAGGAGACGGGCGACGAAAGGAAUGAGUAGACCCGCAGACUCGGGAAGAGCCAACUGCACAAGUGAGUACUAGUUGCUAUCACGACCAACGAGCCCUUUCCGAUAUAAUAGAUGUAUUUCGUAGAAGAUCACGCACACGCAAUAAAAAGAAGUAAACUAGUACAACAGCAGUAUAGGAAGCAAACUUUGUAUUUGUAGAAAACAGCAUCUACAACAACAACAACGACGGAGCAAAGGACAAAGAAGAAGAACAAGCAAGGAGAAGAAGAGAAACAAGCAAGUCUACGGAAAUAGUCCAGAUCGACUUGGCGGAUCUACUUGAUCUACGCAACUGCAGAGUCGACUUCGAACUCGAAGACAAGUCACAACAAAGACGCGUGCAAGUCUGCAAAAUUGCCGUCCUCUAAGUACAACUUUCUUCUCCUGUGCUGGAUUAACUUUGUAAUAAUAAUAAUAAGACAGUACUCGUCCUCCUCUUGCAGUUCUUCUAGAAGGCUAGGCCCUGUCGGCUAGAUCCUGUCGAGCUUUUGUUGCGCGUCGUUCGACGUUCAAGAAUCCGGUGGAACAUCGUAAUAUUGUACCAUGGGUGGAGCUGACCAAGAGGCAGAUGAGGCGGCGCCACUCGCAGGGAUGCUGCAAGACGCGCCAGAGUCAGCGACGAAGUGCUUCAUUCGAGCUGCUGAGGAGGAUGGGCGCUCCUCGACUAGCACGUCUCCAGACCGCAUUCACUGGAGGGCUAGCCACAGAGAAAUGAUAGAGGAGGAACCGGCGUCAGUGGCAGUAGAAGCAGGUAGAGAUGGAGGAAUGCAAGGACCUCUUCUUGGUUGUGCAUCUCUUUUAAGGGUUGGAAGUUGACCUAUCAUCUAUAAGAGCAUCUCUAUGGCUUUCCCAAGUAGGAAACGGAAAGCCAUAGACAUAUGCGAGCUAGAGACGCCAACUUUCAACCCCUAACUCUUGGAGGUUGUGGUCGGGGUUACGCGUCUACUUCAGGGGAAGAGCAGGGGAAGAAUAUGAAAUCACCAGACUUACGAAGAACUCCAUCUUCACCAGCACAACUACGAGAGGAAGAGCUCUCUAGCACCGCAGGUGCGUCGAACUCGACCACCGCGUCUGCUACGCAUGAAAGAGCCGCUUCCUUAUCAGCGUCAACACGGCUUAGCACCACGCUUUGUGCUUCGCCGCCUAGUGUAUCCGGAAGCGAGCCUUCCAGUUCGUGCAAUGGUAGUGCUACUAAAAUCCUGCCACCAACUCUACCUGCAGAUCAUCUACUGCUCGG